CUCGGGAAAGCCUAAAAGCGUGCCCUGAUCAUGUACUCCCAGAACGUAUCCGGUGAUAAUGGUGCCGCGAACAAUGUGCGUGUUGUCGACUUUCGUUCCGACACGAUCAGCGUGCCGACACCGAGCAUGCGCCAAGCGAUCUUCACCGCUGAGGUAGGCGACGAUGUCUACGGUGAAGAUCCGACUGUCCGCAAGCUGGAGGAGAGAUCGGCGGCGCUGUUUGGGAAGGAAGCGGCUCUCUUUGUACCGACUGGCACGAUGGCAAAUCUUCUAGCGAUGAUGGUCCACUGCUCCCGGCGCGGCACUGAAGCCAUCGUGGGCGAUAUGGCGCACGGAUUUCUCUACGAGCAAGGAGGCGCAGCCCAGAUCGCCGGCGUGCUGCUGAACACCAUCAAAAACAACCCGGACGGGACGUUCUGUCUGAACGAGCUCGUGCACAAGUUCCGCGGUUUCGACGUCCACGAACCGAACACGGUGCUCGUGAUGGUGGAGAACACGCACAACAUCUGCGGUGGCAAGGUGUUACCGCUGGAUUGGCUCGAAAAGCUGGCCGUUAUAUGCCGCGAGAAGGGCGCCAAGGUGCACAUGGACGGUGCGCGCGUAUUUAAUGCGGCCGCCCACAUGAACCUGCCAGUCUCGCGCAUCGUACGGGACGUCGAUUCGGUGUGCUUUUGCUUGAGCAAAGGUCUUGCCUGCCCGGUAGGAUCGAUGUUGAUCGGCACGAAGGACUUUAUCAAAGAGGCACACCGUUUGCGGAAGGCGCUGGGUGGUGGUAUGCGGCAGGUGGGAUUCCUGGCCGCGGCCGGGCUUUGUGCGUUAGAUGAAAUUGUACCGAAGCUGAAGGACGAUCACGUACGCACGAGACGUAUUGCGGAAGCGAUCGAUCAGCUUGCGAGUCCCAUCUUUAAGGUUGAUUUGGCCAACCUGCACAGCAACAUCCUGAUGGUGCAGAUACUCAGCAAGAGUGUAACCUCGAGCGAUUUCGCCCACCGGCUGGCUAUCGUUAGUGCCGGGGAGCAGAAAGCCGGAGUUGUCGAUUCGGAGGGUAACAGCAUUGUCGUGAAGGUGAGCGCACGUGACUGGAGCUUUGCGCGCAUCGUCAUUUAUACUAACAUUACCGAUGAGGACGUCGAACUAGCCAUCGCAAAGAUUCGCUAUGUGAUGCGAGAGUAUGAGAAUGAUUUGUAAAUUGAGCAGGUGCAGUUGCAAAUUGUAUACUGCAUUAUAGCAACGCAAUAAACGGUUGCUACUUUAAUAAAAAAAGCAUAA